AUGGGGACUGGAAUGAGCAAGUUUGGUGCCAGGUGUCCUGGUCCUGCUGGCACUCAUUCCCACCACAUCAGAUGUACCUUGUUCCUGGUGCCAUCUGAAUUCUCUCUCCUUUCUGUCACCUCCCAGAUUGUCACCGGCCUCUACCUGGGGAAUAUUCGUGACUCUGAGGACCAUGAGAACCUGCUGAGCAAGGGAGUGACCCACAUCCUGUCCGUCCACAACGGCGCCAAGCCCGUGCUGGAGGACAUGACCUAUCUGUGUAUCUCGGCCUCAGAUUCAUCCAGUCAGAACCUGCUGCAGCAUUUUAAGGAGUGCAUCCAGUUCAUCCACGAGUGCCGGCUCGGAGGGGGAGGCUGCCUGGUGCACUGCCUGGCCGGGGUGUCCCGCAGCAGCACCCUGCUGGUGGCAUACCUGAUGACAGUGACAGAGCUGGGCUGGCAGAGCUGCCUGGCUGCCACCAGGGCCGUUCGUUCCUACGCCAGCCCCAACCCCGGCUUCCAGCAGCAGCUGCAGGAGUAUGAGAGCACCCUGCUCCACGAGUACCGCGCCUGGAUCCGCCGGGAAUACGGCAGGAACCCCUUCCAGGACCAGGAGGAGCUGCAGCGCCUGCUGGGGCAGCAGCAGCAGCCCGGGGGCAGGGAUUGCUCCUGGCCCAGCUCCCCGGCUCCCACCUUUCCCCCUCCGUGCCGCGCAGGUGGCACCGCUGCUGGCACCGCUGCUGGCAGCAGAUGGAUGAGCAGAUAAGCAGCCAGGCUGUUCCCGGGCAGGAAUUGGCCCUGGGGCUUGGGAAACUCCGUUUUCCCUUUGCCAAGCACCUCCAGGGAUUGGUGUCUAUGGCACAAACUGCCAGCACCAGCCUGGGCUCCAGGGCUGGAGCAGGGGGACAGGAGCCACAGAGCCCCCCGGCAGCUGCCAGCUCCACGAAUGGGUGGCAGCGCCCUGCUGUGUCCCAUUGCCCCAUUCCCAAUGGAUUACAGCCAACUUUCCACCCUCAGAGCAGCAGCCAGCCCUGUCCUUCUGUCCUCAUGACAAUAUCUGGGCUGGCAGGGCACGGGAAAGGUGCUGCAGGCCUUGGGAAUGAAUCCAAGGUGGGAGGAGAUGGAGAGGGGCCACCUUGUCCUCUGAGGAAGGAGGGACAAAUCCUGGGAUGUGGGGGUGCUCUGAGCCUCAGCUGGCACCCACUGGGGUGGGGAGAGGGGCUGGAGGUGUUUUGGGGCUGCCCCUCACUGUGCAUGUGCUUGGCAGGUGAGUAUCUGGCAUUUUCCUUACCCCAGCCCCAGGGAUAAGGGGAAAGGAAAAUCCAAAUUUACCUUUUAUCUGGAAUUUUCCUUAUCCCAGCCCCAGGGAGGGGGGAAAUCCAGCAGUGCCUGUCCCACUGCCUCCAUCCCUGGAGCCAGAGAGGGUUUGGGAUUUCCCUGAGCCCCAUCUGAAUGUCCCUGCUUGCCAAAGAAACCAAAAGCUUGCUUGGAUUCACUCAGCCCAUGGACCAAUUUAACUCUGUCCCUCCCCAAAAGCCUUUUUGGUACCUAAACCCUGUGGCCAUGUCCAGUUUUUCAUCCCAAUCUCGGAUUGUGCUUUUCCAGAGCUUUCCUUGGCAGAAUUUCCCCCCAUCUGCCUUACAAGGAGGGUCCCAUCCCAUGGAUUCAGCCCUUCCACAUGGGAACCUUCAACCCUUCCGUGCCAUCUCGCCCUUUUACUAUAAUUGCCCUGUUUGUCCACUCAAAAAAUGUCUGUUCUGCAAUUCCUUCUAAGAAAAAAGAGAUUCAAAACAUUUCUAGGAAUCUUCUGGAUGAAGAUUUUUGGGUACACAUCGUGUGACAGCACCAGGGGUGA